AUGGCAAAACCAAUCCCUGAAUAUGUCUAUUUUUGUUUUGAUGUCAUUAUUAGUCAUCUAAAAGGAAUCCAUAAUAUUCCCGUACCUACCUGCAUACCAACUGACAAAUUUCCCCUUUUUGUGACAUGGAAAAUUGGGAAAGAAAAAGAUCUUAGAGGUUGUAUAGGAACUUUUGAUAGGGAAUUAUCUCUUAGAAAAGGUCUUAAAGAUUAUGCCAUGUCUAGUGCUUUUCGUGACAGUAGAUUUAACCCAAUAACAAUAAAAGAAAUUCCUGACCUUCAUUGUUCUGUAUCAAUAUUAACUAAUUUUGAGUGGGCCAACAAUUGUUAUGAUUGGGAUAUUGGAACUCACGGUAUUCGCAUUGAAUUUGUUCCUCCAAAAUCAAAAAGAGAGUACAGUGGAGUUUUUCUUCCAGAAGUUAUGAUUGAACAAGAAUGGGAUAAAGAAACAACAUUACGUUAUCUAGUUAAAAAAGCUGGUUACAAUGGUCCAUUUAACGAUGAUCUUUGUAAUACUAUUAAACUUGAACGUUUUCAAUCCCAAAAAGUAUCUAGAAGUUAUGACGACUACAUAAAAUAUAAAAAUUCAAGUUGUCAAUAA